AUGGCUUCCCAGGAAAGGGUGGAGGCAGUGACCAAAGGAACUGGGUUCUGGCGCUGCUCCAAGCCAGCCACUUACACCCCCGGGACCUGCAAGCUGCUCAGAGUGAUGAUGAAGGAAUCCAAACUGACAAACUUCCAACAGCGACACAUCAUGGACACCAUGAAAAGAGGAGACACUCUGCCCCUCCAGUGCAGCCCAACAUCCAGCCAGAGGGUCUUGCCUCCCAAACAGCCGGCCUCGGCCAUCUACCUGCCUCCCAUCCUGGUGGCCCGGCCCCACCUCCGGCCUGCCAGUGUGUGCCAAGCCGGCGGGGCCUAUAGCCGGGAACCAUUCAAGCCUCAAGCCACCCGAGAUCUGGAGAAAGAGAAGCGAAGACUCCAAAACAUUUUUGCCACUGGGAAGGACUCCGAGGAACGGAAAAGGAAGCCCCCUCCGGGGCGACAGGAGGACCCAGCCCCUGAGCUGGACCGGUUUGAAGAAUGUAAGCCACCGAUGGGCCACCUAGGCCGGGAAGGACUGAUCCUGAUGGGAAGCAGGGAGCCCCCCACCCCCCCGCCGCCCUCGAGUGGAGCACAGCCCAGGGGCUGA